AUGGUUAUGAAGGGGCGUGGCAAGUGGGCGUCUCCCGCUAACAGGAGACCUCGUUAUAGAACCACAGCUGUGAUGCACAGGGAUCUGUACAGUAAUGGGGACCAAAGAAAAUAUUCUCCUCCUAACAGAAGAGAGACUGAUUCAAACAGUGGCGUUUUGACCCAAGUCGGAAAGACGGUGUGGAAUUGCAUGUCCAGUAAGCUGACAGAGGCUGUUACAGAACUCCUAAAGGACAUCAGCGAGGCUUCUAGUAUCAACAACUGUUGGUACAGUGGACAAUAUGGGAGUUGCUUGUCAGCCAACCUUAGUACAGGGCCUGCAAGUCAUGUAGUCAACUUCAACAACGUGGUGUACCCAAAGCCAUGUGUAGCCCAGCAAGUGUCUACAACCAAAUGCAUUUCAACCGCCAUGUCAGAGGUCAGUAAGUAUGGCUGUGAGAGCAAAGUGGAGGAGAACCUCGGGAAGCUGAAGAGUUCCACUCUAUCAGAGGAGGAUCUAAAGGAGGCGUACUGUAGGGCCUCAGUGACAGCCUACAGCUGUAUUUUGUCAGUGGUGAAGUACUGUGACGUUACUGGGGGACCUAAGAUAAUGGACAGUCUAUCCAUGUUUAACAGAGUCCACACUGCUUGUUCAUCCUACCUGCCUGCCACCACUACUCCUAAAUCUACCGACUCUGACAUCGGUGGCAUUGGAGACCUCUUCCCAUCUGAUACAGAUGAUAAGGGAUCAAACGUGAACACUGCCUCCGCACCCAGUCACACAGAGUCCUUCAGAGCCUGCACAGCCACAGUUAUCUGCCUUGUUUUCAUGGUGUUUACUAUUGCUUAUUAA